AUCUGUGGACCAGCGCUAGUCCCGACCACUUCAGCCGACAUCAGUCCAAUAUGAGCAAUAUCGAGAAGUGGGAAAAGAAUGAGGAGAUUGCCAUCUUUCGGGAGUAUCUGCGCAUUCCCACAGUGCAGCCGGAUAUAGACUACACCGAGUGUGUGGCCUUUUUGCGACGCCAGGCCGCUAGUCUGGACUUGCCCGUAGAAGUGGUUCACCCGGUGGUGCCCAGCAAGCCGGUGGUUGUGAUGAAGUGGAUGGGCAGUGAGCCCGCUUUGCCGGCCUUACUGCUUAAUUCGCACAUGGAUGUGGUGCCCGUUUAUCCCGAGCGCUGGACAAAUCCUCCUUUUAGUGCACAUCUUGCUGAGGACGGUCGCAUCUAUGCGCGCGGAGCACAGGAUAUGAAGUGCGUCGCAAUGCAAUAUUUGGGAGCCAUACGUGCCCUCAAAGCGAGUGGGUAUCAGCCUAGGCGCACCGUCUUCCUGAGCUUUGUACCGGACGAGGAAAUUGGCGGGGCCCAUGGUAUGAAGGACUACGUCAACACGAAGCACUUCAAAGAUUUAAACAUAGGGUUCGCUCUGGAUGAAGGCAUGGCCGACGAAGGCGAGAUAUACUCGGUGUUUUACGCAGAGCGCACUCUUUGGCACCUCAAGCUGAAUAUCUCGGGAGCCGCGGGACACGGUCUCAUGCUCUUGCCAAAUACCGCGGGCGAAAAACUUAACUAUGUGACUCAGAAAUUGAUGCAGUUCCGAGCCGGCGAGCGGCAGCGCUUGCUGGCAGGAGGGAAGAGUCUGGGGGACGUAACCACCGUCAACCUGACAGUGCUUCGCGGGGGCGUUCAAACAAAUGUGCUGCCCUCGCUUAUCGAGGCCACAUUUGACAUUCGCUUCUCUCUCGACGUGGAUAUGGAGGCGUUUGAGCAGCAGUUACGGGAUUGGUGCGAGGAGGCGGGAGGCGGCAUUGAGGUGGAAUUUGUGGUGAAAAAUCCUAGAUUCGGCGCGACUGCCAUAGACGACAGCAAUCCAUACUGGCUGUCUUUCAAAAGCGCCCUAGAGCAGUUCGGCGAACGCCUUCAGACUCUCGUUCUUCCGGGCGCUACUGAUGUGCGCUACGUUCGUAACGCUGGUAUUCCGGCUCUCGGAUUUUCGCCGAUCAAACAUACGCCAAGAACCCUGCACGACGAUAAUGAAUGGCUGCAUGCGGACACAUAUCUACAUGGAAUCGAAGUCUACAAGCGACUCAUCCCGGCACUAGCGGAUACCCAAGCAUAGACGAGGUCUGCCCCACCAGCAUUUUAAUAUUCAUUUACAAAAUAAGACACAGAAACAUUUUCCGCUAGUGGCUAGUACUUAUACAUACAUACAUAUGUAUCAUAAAUUUCGAAGAAGCUAUGCA